AUGGAACAAAGUCUACCAGUGGUUGGCAAAACAAUGUGGAGCAUUGUGAGGGCAGUUCUUUUCAUGUUGAGGAGAGGAAUUCUGUCAAAGAGAAAGUUGAUUGUUGAUCUCAACACCGUGCUCAAACGUGGCAAAACCGCCAGCUCCAAGGCCAUCGCCAGCCUCAUGUUCAGCCGCCACCAAGUCCCCUCCUCCUUCACGGCGGUAUCUAAGGCGGGUGUCCAGGAGUACGAAUUCAGCUGCAGCAACACCCCCAACCACAUCUUCCCUUUCAACCUCAAGAAGAAGAACAACAGCAGCAUCAACAAUUACUACCACCAGUUCUUCGCUUGCGUCCACGCGCCUCCCACUCACGACGACGACAACUCGGCCACCAUGAACGCCGUCAAGGCCGUCUUGGAUAUGCUCAACAACGACAGCUACAACAACAACAGCACUGCUUCGCCUAUGUUGCCGGGGUUCGGACAAACUCCAUUGGCGAGACAACUUAGGGUGACGGACUCUCCGUUUCCGUUAAGGGAUGGCGAUGAAGACAACGGCUACGUAGACAAAGCUGCCGAGGAUUUCAUAAACAGGUUUUACAGGGAUUUGAAGCAGCAAAAUAACACACUGUCCGAAUCCUAA